AUGUUAGGGUGGACAAUUCUGCAGAAAGAGUUGGACAAUUCUGCAGAAAACUGCCUGGCUCUGAUUCACCAGGACACAAAUGAAAUUAAAAAGAUUUUCAACGCCAUAAAGAAGGCAGUUCAGACAGCAGAAGAUGAGGUGCUGAGCCCUUUAGAGGACCGGAGAAGACAGGUGGAGGAGGAGGCAGAGGAGAAGAAAAAGGGUUUAAAGGAAAAUAUAACCAUACUGAGUAAACAUAUCUCAGAUUUAAAAAAACUGAGAAAUGAAGAAGACCCUGUAUUCUUCCUGCAGAGUUAUCCUUUUGGCACAAUGGUGGAUAACAACAAGGACUGGACUUCUGUUUCCUUGGAUACUUAUUUGAAUUUUGGCACAACAAGGAGCAUUGAGGUGACCAUGAUGGCUAAUAUUAAGGACGAGUUUGAGAAACUCUCUAAAAUGGAAUGUUUACGCAUUAAGAAAUUUGGAGUGGAUGUGACUUUGGAUCCAGAAACUGCUCAUUCACAGCUCCAAAUUUCUGAUGACAAGAGAGAGGUGAAAUUUUCUGUGGAAAAAAGUGAUUCACCUGAUUGCCCCAACAGGUUUGAUAUGUUUGGCAGCGUUUUGGGACAGAACUGUCUGACUGAAGGCAGAGCCUUCUGGGUAGUGAAGGUUGGGAAUAAACGAGGCUGGGACAUUGGGGUGGCAAAAGAGGAGGCCAACAGGAAGGGUGCACUCUUCCUCAAACCAAGCCAAGGAUACUGGGCUAUUGUGCAUUAUGAUGGUGACAAAUAUGCAGCUCUGGAAGACCCCCCCACCCUGCUGUCCCUUUCAAAUAAACCCUGUGAAAUAGGCGUGUUUGUUGAUUGCAGUGAGAAGUUGGUCUCUUUUUAUGACAUGGAAGCAAAAACUCACAUUUAUACAUUUACUGACUGUGCUUUCGGAGAAGCUUUAAGGCCCUACUUUAGUCCUCACCUUAACCAUGAUGAGAAUUUGGUUAUCUGCUCAGUCAAUCCCAGUAAUUAACAUCACUGUAUAGAAAAGGGUGAUUUCUAUAUAACUGUAAACCCAAAACUAUGCUGUACAAUCAAAUUCCUAGACAUUAUUUUUUUAUUUAUUUUUUUAUAUGGAAUAUAUAUCAAUAUACUGUAUGGAAUCAAUGCAAUAUAUCACUGGAACUGGUUACUCAAAAGAUCUUAUGUGGUUAAUAAAGUCACUAAGGCAUAAAAGAUGUAUAGAGAAA